AGAGAGAGAUGAAGGGGGAGUGGGGCCAUAUAAAACCCCUGGAGCACAAGCCAUGCUUUAUCCUGUGACCCAUUGGUUUCUGUCUCAGGCUCAGGAAACCACUAAACUCUCUCAGUCCAGCCCCAGCGCCCGCACACACUCAACAAACACCUUCGCGUGCACGGACCAGAGAAUGGCUGUCUUCAUGACAAUGAAUGAACUUUGGAAAAGGACUGCAUUGGGUUUGGUGUUCUGUCUUCUGAUACACAGUUGUCAUGGUCAGGAAAACAAUACAACCGUAAAGCCAUCAGGUAGUACUUCUGUCUCUCCCAGAACAGAACUCCCAGAUUCACCAAAUAAUACUAGCCCAAGCAACAAAACUAAUGAAAGCACCACCACAGGUUUAGCUCCGGUUGGUACGAACGCUACAACACUUAAUGCGACCUCUACAACACCUACAUCUUCAUCACACGAUAUCACUGAUGCUAUUGUGACCACGACCCAGACUACCACAUUUGGAGUCUCUUCAACCAAUCCAACCUCAGUUAUUACUGCAGUGAAAACCGAAAGCGGACAAGAGGCCAUAUUUAUUUCAGCCGUAAAUAAGUCCUUAACUUCUGAACAUCCUGAAGACAAAAAGGAGAAGGCUUCUGGGUCUUCUGGGGUUUUUUGGGGUGUUCUGGUGACAGGCUUGUUGCUUGCUGCCGGGAUACUUGGCGCAUUCUGCUUUAAACGCCAUCGUAAUACCAACGGCAAAGGAGGCAUGAAACUGGCUGAGGAGUCCUACAUGGCUGAUGAGGAGAACCAGGGUAACACUCUCGUGUCUGUGGCCCCUCUGAACCAGCCCGAGCCCCAGGAGAAGCCCAGUCUGAAUGGAGAAUCCCCGGAGGGAUUAAUAACCCAGACUCCUCCCGCCGCCACCAACGGCCACUCCACCACCAAGACAGCAGACACCGAGCUGUGAAGGACCAUUUCUCUUCUGCUCCGUCUACUGCACAUCCACCUUGACCUUCAGCAGGCUCAAGGGAGAUCAGAUAAAGACUCAUUCUCAUGUAAAUACAAUCGGAUAUGUUUGUUCGGAAAACACUUCUGGGAGAACGAUAACAAUAAAAAAUACUAAUGAAGUAAACACAAUUGGCCUAACAAGUUUACCUAUCCCAUGUAGUGUACUGUAUAUGCAAAAUUGUUAUACAAACGGUUUCUUUAUGUUAUAAAGGCAAGCGAUGAUUGAUGCUGACGCUAGUUAUGACCGCAAUGACAUGAACAUCGUAUAAUUUAAUUACAACAUGGUGCAAAAAAGUUGCAUUCCUUGAGUGUUGGGUAUGGGGUGGGGGACCUUUCCCAUUAGACAUUACUGGCUUUCAUGAGGGCAGCCAGGGUAAGGACACUGGGAGGGUCCCCUCUCCAGUCCCAACACACCAGUGCUUUCCAUCUAACUGUAAAUUAUACCACAUCAUAAAGAAACACUCAGAUAUGCAGCGGAUGGAAGUUGUGGUCUUGUUUGCUACGGAUUGUCUGUGUGUGUCUAACGUGCCUCUGACUCAAGUGUACUGAAAUGACUACGUUCUGUAUGUUUGUCUUUGUGUACAUUAAGAUCUGACUAGUUUAUAGUCGUGUAUAAUUUUGUUAAUAUCAUUGUGUGACAAAGUAAUGAGUUUUGGAGCCAUCUGAAAAAUGAACAGAAGCUUAAUUUCAUUACUGCAAACAACCACAAUGUAAAUCCAACAAAUCAAGUGUACCGCAAUGCCAAUGUAGUAUUCAAUCAUCGGUAUGAGGUAUACCAUCACCGUUCUUUGUAAACCAGUAUUAUGCUCUAUUGUAAUAUUUUUACUAGACAUUUAGAGUCUUGAAGUGUUUAUGGAAUGAACGACUGGCCUAAUAGUUUUUAUGACCUUUUACUUUGGGGGGCGGUGUCUUUUAUGUUAUUUGCUACUACACUGUACAUUAAACAUUACCAGUCAGUAUGAUGUAAGUUGUUGCAGCCAUUAGAUCGGCUUUUAAAAGGGAUAGUUCACCCACAAGUGAAAAUUCUGUCAUCUUUUACUCAUCCUCGUGUAGUUUCAUACCUGUACAAAUUUUGACGAACAUAGAGAAAGAUAUUUGUAAGAAUGUUGGCAAUUCUCAGAUAUGGGACAUAUUUGACCAUAGUAGGAAAAAUGUAAUGGUAGUCAAAGGUGCCGCAGAACUGUUCGCUUUCCAAAAUUUUUGGAGCUGAAAAUUGCUGACAUUCUUCCAAAUAUCUUUCUUUGUGUUCAACCGAACAAAGAAAUUUAUACAGGUUUCAAACAAUCUGAGGGUGAGUAAAUGAUAACAGAAUAUCCAUUUUUGAGUGAACUAUCCCUUUAAGUUGUACUGUUUUAUUACUGUUGCUUUGUAGAGUCACGGCAAAUGAUGAAACUCAUACAACAAGAACAUUUCUACAUACUAACACGCAUUUGUGUUUGUAGACAAUUUGAAACUUUCUGGUUAAACUUGGAUGCUAGAGUGAAUGUGUCAUUUCAAAUGGCAUGAAAGUGGAAUUACACAAGGAUUUUAUAAGAAUAUUUGAACAUUUUGGGAAAAAAAUGACAUCAUAAGCAUGGACCUUUUCAAAUAAUGAUAUUUUUCCUGCGUAACAUUAUCUUUUUCUUUCGUGUUUCAGGUCGGUGUAUUAGCAUUGUGUUAAAGUGAUGUAAUGUUUGAGAUAGGAAUAAAGUUUUAGAAAAUAAAGCGAAUAUAAAAGGC